UACUUUCUUGAUGACUGUGGGUCUUUCGCUUCUAUAAUUGCUACAUUAUCAGGCCGAAACAUUCUUUUCACCUCCUUCUUUGCCUGUUAUGGGCGCUGGUGGUGUCAGUGGGGAGCUAAGAGAUCAUUCAGAGCACGUGGAUGCGAUAUUGCGCUCACAUUUUAAUGUAACUAACGGCCGACCUUCGAACCUAUCUUCUGCUUCGCCCCGGCCGAGUGGAGCUUCGAGUAGCAAUUUCACUUUUUCGGAGGACGUUCUCGAAGAAAUGGCUUGUUUCAGCUGCAGCUCCAAUUUCACGCUCUUCAAAAGGAAGAAUCUCUGUCGGAAUUGCAAAAGACAUUACUGCAAUGAUUGCUUUGCGAAAGAAACCAACUUUGUCCCUGGAGAGAACACCAGGAAUUGCUUGACCUGCCGUGCUCUGCAGUCUCCCAUAGCCUACAAGGACCAUCUCAUAAGGUUGAAAGUUAAAGACCUUCAAGAUUAUUUGAGGGCCAGGCAGAUAUCCACCAAUCAUUGUAAAGAGAAGCGAGAGCUGGUGGAGUUAAUUUUACGGCAUGUUGAAGGAAGAUCAAAUGCAGCUUCCUCCUCCACGGCACAUUCUCAACAAGGAAGGCAACAACCUCAAGCACAACCCUCAUAUCCCCUUCCACCGAACUUAUUUUCUGCAAGGAUAGGCCACCCUAGGAGUUCAAACUUUCAACCUCCAUCAAAUGCGCAGCCUGUGCAGGUUCCUCGGCCAGCACAACAAGCCUCUCAAAGUAAGAGUCUGAGCGAAAUCCGGAACAUUGAUGAAGUAGAGGAGCUUUCAGUAAAGGAGCUCAAGCACAUUCUAACAGCAAAUUUUGUGGACUUCAAGGGCUGUUGUGAAAAGAAAGAACUCUUAGAACGGGUUAGAACUCUUUGGAAUUCCAAGCAAACAAACAAUAAAAAGAAAUCUUCAAUGGAACUAGAAGAUGAUGUUGAUUUUGAAGAUCAGUGUAAGAUAUGUAUGGAUGCUGGAAUAGACUGUGUACUACUUGAGUGUGGUCACAUGGUUACUUGCACAAAGUGCGGCAAGCAGAUCACAGACUGUCCAAUAUGUCGGCAGCAUAUUUCUAGGAUUGUCCAUGUCUUUAAAGCUUAACCUUUGCUAAAUGUAAUAGGACAUCAAGCAUUGUGUUGUUUGUGUUUGAGAUCUUGUUUGGCAAACAAAGUCUUAAACCUUACUGCUCAAGCCAAGAUGAUGAUUUAGUCACGGACUGAUCAUUUUGCAUUUUGUUACUUUUGAAUGUCUUUGCAAAAGUUUAGAUUAAAUCAGAAAAAGCUAAAGCUAUAUCAUACCAUUCUUUCAGUGAAGAAUAAUUUUUAAAAAUUUUAAUAUUUUUCUUUAAGCUCUCACUAGUAAAACAGAUAGGGCAGUUUAAAAAUUUAUGCUUUAGCUUUUGAAUUUAUUGUGAAGUAUAUUUCAUUUGGUCAAGGGACUUAUUUAUCAGUCAAGAUCAUGGUCUUUAUAUUACACAUGUCAACCAUAAUUUAACAGUAUUGAUGUUAAACAUACUCAAGUGUUAUAAAUCAUAUGCUUUAAGGUAGUUGUAGUUAUAUUGUAUGAAAAAAAAAAA